AGCUCCAUCGUGCACUGAACCGGUCCCAUCUAAUUCCAUCUCAGUUUUUCUGGCCCCUUGAAUUCAUUAGUGGAUGAGUUUAACGAGUCUAUUCUUUCCUUUUACUCAGUAGUUCACUUCCGCUACCAUUCCGUCACGGAUGAUGAGGGAACAUGGAAGGGCUGUCACUGCACCGCUUCCCUUGGUUAUUCAGCGCUCAUGACGUCGACUGAAGCUCCAAAUCAUGCAUUGAAAUCGAAACCGGGGGCCGUGCGUUCUCUGCUCCAAAACCUUUCCGAAGGGUUGGUCAAAAACCAAUGCAUGCCCAUCGUCAGCUGUCGUUCACGUCAGGGUUCUGAACCGAGGCAACUGGCCCGAUGUACCCUCAUCUCGUUCCCCACAUCAACUUUGACUUCCCGCACCCGUUGUUCUACACGUUGCAAACAACCCCGUUUGAGAUCGGCAUGCUCCGCUACGUUCCACCUUUGUCAAGGGCUGACUCGGCCACGUUCUUUGCAAGCACUCCACAGCCAAGUAGUCCCCCUUCACAAACGAACACUCACACAGAAUCAUGAUAGGCGACGGGUCCGACUCGGUCAUUUGCUGACACACAUUUCUUCUCAACCGAUGAUAGCUCCGACAGCGAAGCCAGUUUGCUGCCUUCGUUCUUGUCCCCCUGCACGUCGGCAAGGCGAAAGGCAUUUAGCCUUAAAGAGGGCCAAAUAAAUGGGAUGACAACGACGAAAGGCCUGGUGGUUCCGCUUGGAAAUUCCAAGUGCAAAUUUUCAUGCCGAACGAAGUCAAUCUGUUCGGAAUGUGGCUCCUCGUGCUUGCAGCAUCCCCAGUCCUCAAAGUGGCAAGAUAUCUGCCAGUCUCAACAACGCUUAUCACUGGGCCAUAGAAAUCUUAAUCGGCACAG